UUGACGGAUGGUGAACAGAGGCGAGGCCAGUCUCCGCCAUUCUACUCUCCGUGUGGAAUCCAUCUAACGUUACAUCCCAGACUGUAGGCUACAACAUCUGGACAUCUGCAACUCAAGUCAGAAAACACUAGUCCGGUCCGGGAGAGAGAGCGGAGUGAUGCUCGGCAUUACUGAAAUGACAAACGGGCUGUGUGCCCUGGAGAUGUGAGAGGGAGAACGAGCGUGGCACAAGACUUCAUCUUCUUAUUUGGAUCGAGCACUGACACGCACACACUUUGGAGUAUUACUUUGGACUGAGUGUUUCCAGCAGACAAAGGGGUAGGAAGGAAGGAAGGAAGGGAGGGAGAGAGGCGAAAGGAGAGAUGAACUCUUUGAGGCUGAAAGAGUUGUCAAACUCAGACUUGUACAGACGAAGACAGGAGAGACCAGACAGCUAUGGGAGUGUGGCUAGGGACAGCCUUAGCAACAUGGCCAAUGCUCUGGCCAAUGCCAUGUGUGAGCGCUGCAAGAGUGGUUUUGCCCCGGCUGAGAAGAUAGUGAACAGCAACGGGGAACUUUACCAUGAGCAGUGCUUUGUGUGCGCCCAGUGUUUCCAACAGUUCCCAGAGGGACUCUUCUAUGAGUUUGAAGGCAGAAAAUACUGUGAACACGACUUCCAGAUGCUGUUUGCUCCCUGCUGCCACCAGUGUGGUGAGUUCAUCAUUGGCCGUGUGAUCAAGGCUAUGAACAACAGUUGGCAUCCAGACUGUUUCUGCUGUGAUAUCUGCCAGGCUGUGCUCGCUGAUGUUGGAUUUGUUAAGAAUGCUGGAAGGCACCUGUGUCGUCCAUGUCAUAACCGAGAGAAAGCUCGGGGCCUCGGCAAGUACAUCUGUCAGAAGUGUCACGCCAUUAUUGAGGAGCAGCCUCUCCUGUUCAAGAAUGACCCGUACCACCCUGAUCACUUCAACUGCAACAACUGCGGUAAGGAGCUGACGGCUGAUGCCAGGGAGCUGAAGGGGGAGCUCUACUGUCUGCCCUGCCAUGACAAGAUGGGUGUCCCCAUCUGUGGGGCCUGUAGGAGACCCAUCGAGGGUCGUGUGGUUAAUGCCAUGGGCAAGCAGUGGCAUGUGGAGCAUUUUGUGUGUGCUAAGUGUGAGAAACCCUUCCUGGGACACCGUCACUACGAACGCAAGGGCUUGGCCUACUGUGAAACACACUAUAACCAGCUGUUUGGAGAUGUUUGCUACCACUGCAAUCGUGUUAUUGAAGGAGAUGUGGUGUCUGCCCUUAACAAGGCUUGGUGUGUCAACUGUUUUGCCUGCUCUACCUGCAACACCAAGCUCACCCUCAAGAACAAGUUUGUGGAGUUUGACAUGAAGCCAGUGUGUAAGAAGUGCUACGAGAAAUUCCCUCUGGAGCUGAAGAAGAGACUGAAGAAGCUGUCUGAAACAGUUGCCCGCAAGUAAACAUACACAGCUGGGCAGCUGGAGGGAGGAAGAAACAGAUGAGACCCCGAGGUGGCCACGGAAGUCACAUUUCCAGAAUUGACAAUUGUAUAAGACAGCAUUUUGUGUGUUUUAUUGGUAUGUUAAAUAUAGGUUGGUUAUUUCAGCAGAACACUCUACUUUUUGUUCUUUAAGAUACCGAGGAUCAUUUCAUGAGCCUGAAACUGACCGAUGGGCCAACAGACAGAUUGUUGGCCAGUCAGUCAGUGGGUUUAACAUGAACCUGUCCAGUGCCUUUUGGCUCAAAUACUGCACUGUAUACUUUUUCACAUGCUUGCCUUAUUUCACUAUAUGAAUUAAAGUGCUCAUAUUAUGCUUUUUGGCUUUUUUCCCUUUCCUUUAUUGUGUUAUAUAUAUAUACAGUAC